UUCCCUCCCAUCAACUUCUUCACACAAAAAAGGGAUAAAGAAGUAAUUUUACGCCGUAUUUUAUGCUACAGUUUUUUCCUAACCCGCCCAUAAGGACACCGAGGAUUCUCCCCAACCAUAAUGCCUUGUGAAGCUUUAUCCCUUUUUUUGUUAUGUUUGCUUUGAUUUUCAGUGUUAUUUUAAAGCAUUUUUAACGUCUUCAGCACCAUAAAAUGGGUUUCAGUGUUUAAAGUCGUGAAUAAAUAACAAUUUAACAAUUUCAUAAUUUAACCCCAGCUGUAAAAUUUCACUAAUUGGAAUACGCAAUAUUGUGUGAAACUGUGAGAACAAAAAAAAAAAACACCAAAGGAGUAAAACACCAAUUACAACAUUAACAACAAACGACAACAAGAGCAACAACAUUUGAUAUCAGACCACAAUUAUAAAAGCUGCUGUCGACGUAAAAGGACACACACCAAAAAAAAAAAAUAACGAACAAUCGCAAUCACAGUUUUGCCGGCCGGGCAAGAGCGGCAACGGCCGCUAAUGAAGAUGAAGUGAUAUCCAGAGAUAUCGUGUUAAAGUGGAAUUAAAUAGAAUAUAAAUCGCUGGAAAAAUGACGGCGAUUUCUCAGCACCAGCCGAGCAGAACAAAUGCAAAGUAGUUUGUUCUGACUAGGAUAAAAGAGAGAGAGGGAGUGAAGGACGUGAACUAGGACUACGAUUAGUCGAAGGCCAACAAACGCAAGCCGAGCAAUUCGUAAGCGGACUCUCGCCAAUUUCACGCAUCAAACGGCGGCAUGGCAGGCGCUAAUAAGGCGACCAGCCACGCCCCACAGUUGUGCACCCGAGCUGCUGUCAAAAAAAUAACCAUUCUCGACUAGGUUCAAGUGCGCAUAGCCCCCACAUAAAAGCACUCAGUGAGUGACUUGUGCCCCUGGAACUUGUAACCCCACGCAAAAACGGACGAGUGAAAUAUUAUGGCAACUUUUCAAAUGGAAACGCGCCAGCAUCAGCAGCAACAACAACAGCAGCAGCAACGAACGAAUUUAAAACAACGAGCAGCAGCAGCAGCAACAACAACAACAAAGCGCCAACGACAACAACGGCACACGAAUCCAGUUCACAAUUUGAAUUUGAAUCUGAAAGAGAGCUCGCAUUUCGCAACGCAGCUGCUGGCCGAAGCGGAGGCGAAGGCGAAGGCGACAACAUUCACGAGUUGCACACGUCUCCAGCCGACCUGCUCCACAGUAGCCUCCCCAUCGAGUAGGAGGAGCAGCAGCAGGAGAGGCAGCAACAACAACACCACCAGCAACAGCAACACCAGUAGGAGCAGCCACACCACCAGCAGAGGCAGCAGCAGCAGCAUCAGCACCGGCAGCAAUCGCAACACGAUUGUUGACUGCAGCAGCUGCCAGCGGGCAUUGAUAAUGCUCAGCAUGCUAGUGGUUGUCAUCGUUGUGAUAUCCGGCAAUGGAGUGCUCGCCGCACAGCGUGAUUCGUAUAAAUCAAAGGAUAUGAGCAGCAGCAACAAUGCCAUACCAAAUGAAGGCGAUGCUGCUGCCGCUGCCGCCGCCGCUGCUGCUGCUGGUGCUGCUGCUGCCAAUGGUGUGACCGGAAGCGGAAGCAUGACCAGCACAACCAACAGCAACGGAAGUAACAAAAAUAGCCAUACAGCAAACACUGGCUCAGUGACAACCGACUCGAGUUCGAGUUCGAGUUCGGGCUCAAGUUCGAGUUCGAGUUCGAAUUACAAAUCGAAUGCCAAUGCGAAUGCCGUGACAACGACAACAACAACCAUUAGCGGCAUUCCCAGCAGCAGUCUGCACAAGGGCAACACAAUAGCAUCGCCAGCAUCUGGUUCCGGCAUCAAUCGCAAUAGCAUCGAUCUGAUCGACGAUUCCCGGAACGGUGGCCCAUAUUUUGAUAAGGGCGCCUCGAAGAAUGUCACCGCGCUGCUUGGCAAGACGGCGUAUUUGAAUUGUCGCGUCAAGAAUUUGGGCAAUAAAACGAUGUUGUUGCAGGUUUCAUGGGUGCGACAUCGGGACAUACAUUUGCUCACAGUCGGACGCUAUACGUACACAUCGGAUCAGCGCUUUCGGGCCAUACAUCAGCCGCAAACCGAAGACUGGAUGCUACAGAUCAAGUAUCCGCAACAUCGCGACUCGGGUAUCUACGAGUGCCAAGUGUCAACAACUCCGCACAUGAGUCAUUACAUACAGCUGACUGUUGUGGAGCCAUCGACGGAAAUAAUCGGCGCACCAGAUUUGUAUAUAGAAAGCGGAUCGACUAUAAAUCUCACCUGUGUCAUACUCAAUUCACCUGAGCCGCCGGCCUAUAUCUUUUGGAAUCACAACAAUGCUAUAAUCAACUAUGAUUCGCCCAGGGGCGGUGUCUCGGUUGUUACCAACAAAGGUGAGACGACGACAUCGUUCCUGCUGAUUAAAUCAGCGCGUCCAUCGGACUCUGGGCAUUAUCAAUGUAAUCCAUCAAAUGCAAAGCCCAAAAGCGUUACGGUACAUGUGCUGAAUGGUGUUUCUCAUUCCGUUUCCAGGGGAGUUCCCAGCAGCAAUGCAGCACGCGGCACAAGCACAUCCUCACAUGUCUCCAAGUCGCUAUCUGUUAGUGUACCUGUUUGUGUGCUUCUGCAGUUUGGCAUUUGCCAGGCGCUCCAUGCGGCCCUCAGUUGUGCAGCUGCGGCAGCGUCGUCGACCGGCCGAAGGAGGCGACGGGGGAGCGGAGGUGGAGGCGGGAGGAGUAGAAGUUGGAUCAGCAUCAGCAUCAGCGACAGAGUCAAAGCGACUUUGUCGGUAUCCGGUAUGCGACACAUCCUCGAGUGUAUUUUAAGCCUGCUCUCCUCACUGCUCAGCGCCACAUGGCAUUGGCGUUGGCGAGGGCGUGGCCCAAAACUACAACAACAACAAUCAGCAGCGACAGCAGCUGCAAUAGCAACAGCAACGACGUUUAGGCAAGUAUAUGAGGCGGACAUAAGGUGAGCAUGCCCCCAGCAGAGAAAGAAAAACAAAAACAAACAUGCGAAGUAAAAAGCAAAUAAAAAAACGAAGAAAUAAACUCUUAGACUCUAGACUAAUUUAAAGUAAAUGCAUACACAAAAACCACUCGUACUUACAUACUGAUAAUAUCUUAGCUUAACUCUUUCACACUCACACUCACACUCACACACAUAUACACACAAAAGACGACUACAUACAUAAGCUGUAACUAUAUAAUAGUAACUAAUAUGUAUAAUCUAUUGGCUAUUGUGUUUUUCUAUGAAUCCGCGACGUAUACGUAAUAAUUAGCCCAAAAACAAAUAAAGAAGAGAAACAAUGAUAAAUAGAAAGCCAAGUUGUCGCCUUUUUUUAAGUACAACUUUGUAUCAUAUUACAACAAACAAAAAAGAAAACUCGAUUUUGUUCUCUUCACUUUUGAGUUUCUUCUUCGCAAAAGUCUUGUAAAUAAAUAAAACGAUAAAAAUGCAUUGCAUACCUACAGGCGCUUGUUCAGUGAAUAUUUCGAUUUAGU